ACGUAGAUUUCGAGCGCAGUCGGGUCCGGCCAGUCAGUGGUUACGGGCGGACAUGUUGUAGGUAUAUUUUUUUUUUUCGUCUGAAAUCUAUCGCUCGUUUAAUGGUGCGGCGGCGAGAGUUUGUAUACUCAUAAUCGAGUACGUGUCCAGAGCAGUGUGACCGUGUGUAUAUAAUAAAAUAGUUUUGUUUUGGUUUUUAUUUCUAAGCGUGCUUCGUUUGCGUCACAAAAAAAUAAGAGGUCGUGGAGACAAGGAUUUGUCGCGUUUUUUUACUUCUGUUUGUUGAUAAGUGCGCGCAGAGCGUCGCAACGGCGACGUACAUGUGGAAAGUGAAGUGAGGAAACGUAGGGGAGAAAAAUAUUAAAACGGAAACGUAAAACAACAUAAAUAUCUGGCUGCCUGGUUUAGCCCGGCUGCAAAGAUGAGCUGGGGCACCGAACUUUGGGACCAGUUCGACAAUUUGUCGCUGCACACGCAGAAGGGGAUAGAAUUUCUCGAGAGGUAUGGCCACUUCAUACGAGACAGGUGUAAAAUCGAAGUGGAAUACGCCGGCAAUCUUAGGAGGCUAGUAAAGAAUUAUCAACCGAAGAAAAAGGAGGAAGAGGAUCACCAGUACAGCCCGUGUCGAGCUUUCAAAUUGGAGCUCAACGAGGUCAACGACCAAGCCGGUCAACGGGAAGUUAUUGCCGAAAAUCUACAGGCCAAUGUUCUACGCGAGCUCAAUCUUCUCGUCAAGGACUUCAAGGAAGAUCGGAAAAAACAUCUGCAGGAAGGCGCCCGAUUAAUGACCAACCUUGCAUCACAAAUUGGAAAUCUUGAAAGGGCGAGAAAAGCCUACGAGAAGGCAUUUCGCGAGGCGGAAAAAGCACUCGAAAAUUAUCAGAGAGCCGAUGCCGAUUUGAAUCUAUCGAGAGCUGAGGUUGAGAAACAACGAAUGAACAUGACUCUGAAAACCCAACAGAGCGAGGAGGCCAAGACCGAGUACGCGAAUCAGUUGCAAAAGACGAACGAAAUGCAAACGUUGCAUUAUCACACGGCGAUGCCGGAAGUUUUUCAGCAUCUACAGGAAUUGGAUGAAAAGAGGAUAAAAAAUAUGCGAAAUUACAUGAUGAAAUCGGUAGAAAUAGAACGAGCCGUUGCACCGAUAAUAGCUCAAUGUUUGGAUGGCAUAGAAAAAGCAGCGAACGAAAUAAACGAGAAGGAAGACACAUCGAUGGUAAUCGAGCGUUACAAAAGCGGUUUCACGCCGCCCGGUGAUUUCCCUUUUGAGGAUUUGUCCGUCGCCAAAUCUUAUGACAGCAAUAGUCAAUUGUCACAACCGGUUAUGCAACCGAUUCACAAUCAUUUAACGGUCAAGGGCACCGUUUCCGGUGGGAAAAUGAAAAAACGCGUCGGCAUAUUUGGCAUUUUCAGUAGCAACAAGAAGUUGAUCGAGGUGUGCAUAGCUUUAAAGAACAAUGUACCUGGAUACGGUGACGGUGCGAAGGAGGACUGUAGCGAUCUACCACCGAAUCAGAGAAGAAAAAGAUUGCAGCAGAGACUAGACGAGAUUCAGGCCAAGAUACAACAAGAAACAGCGGCGAGGGACGGCCUCAUGAAAAUGAAGGGGGUUUACGAACAAAACCCAGCACUCGGGGAUCCCAUGAGUAUAGAAGGCCAACUAAAUCAAUCGAGUCACAAAUUGGAUAAACUUGGAGCUGAACUUAUCAAAUUCCAAGGGUAUCUCGAGGAGGCGAUGAAAGCCGGUGUCAGUCUUUCCAGUCCAAGUCAAACGCCACGAAAACCUACGAGCAACGGAUCCACAACGAGAUCGAUCAAUUCGAGGAGAUCGAGUCACUCGGGUGGCGAAGAGAGUCUCUCGAGGUCGGCGUCGGAUUCUAGCGUCAGUAAUGCAAAUGCGAAUCAACCGGUUCAUAAAAAGAGUGCUCCGGGAACACCACAACCGACUCACGAUUCCACGAACAGCCCGGAAUCUGGCCUCGGUACGUCACGUACGUCGUUACCUGGUAGCACUGGCGAAGAAUAUUAUGUCGAUGAAUUGGAUGCUCAACCUCCCCUUGGAACUUGUCGAGCACUUUAUCCGUUCGAUGCUACAAGUGAAGGGUCGAUACCGAUGUACGAUGGCGAGGAGCUGUACAUGAUAGAGUUGGAUCAGGGCGACGGUUGGACGAGGGUUCGUCGAAUGUCGCAGCCAAUAGAGGGUUUCGUACCGACAUCGUACAUCGAAUACCAGCUUUACAACACUUAGCAACUUACGCCGAACAGCUGAGAAAAAACGGCUGACUAAAGCUUGAAAAAAACCUUUGGUCCUGCGUCCAAGAAAAAAAGCUACACACACCCACACACACACACACACACAAAACGUACACGUGAGCACGAGCAUAAAUUGUAGAGGGCUCAAGUUUUCUUUAAUCUGGGUAAAUGGCGAAUGAAAAAACUUGAAACCUCUUCCAAAAACGUUGUGGAAGAAGAAAGUAUAAAAACGAAAUAGUCUCUAGAAACUUACGUGCUCUACUGUACAUUAUUUACUUCUUUUCCUGUUUAUUUUUCUACGAAAAUCAAGUCGAUUUGAUUAAUGCCAGCUCGGAACAAAAAGAGAAUUUUAGAUUUUUCAUUUCUUAGCUUUUUUUGAGUGACGUAGAGUAUAACGCGACGUUGCAAGUGCGGAAAGAACUUUGUGCAAUCUUAUUUUUUAUUUGAUACGUACAAGUGUAUACGGGAGGAGGAAGAAUUACGUAAUUUCGAUAAAAAAAAAAAAAAGAAACAAAGCACCGCGAAAAAGACGCUCGGCGUUCUGUAAUUUUUGCGUGCAGCGUUUUCACCUCUCUCUUUCUCUCUCUUUCUCUUAGAUACACUCUUCGACCUCACGAAUCGCGUAAUUUUUAAAAGCGGCGUCACGACUCCAACGAUCGGUCAUGACGCAUAUUCGUCAAUUUCCUCAGACAGAUCGUAAUAUUUGCUGAAAGUAAAACAAAAACAAAUUACUCAGUGUAUGUACGCCUUGUAUGUGUGUAUAUGUGCGUGUGCGUGUGUGUAAAAGCUCGUGCGUUUCCGGCUUGUUGUUUUGUCGCUGGUAAACGAGGAAGAAGGUAUGAAUGAUCGCGAGAUUUUCGUGCUUGAAAUGACAGUUCUGCGGAGGGGAUUUGCGGCUUCAAAAAAGAAAACGCGAAAUGGACUGAUUAGCAAGGAAACCCGAGAAUUUUUCGCGUUUGCGCUUACGUCGUGUGCGUGUGUGUGCAUGUAGAUUCACUCGUUUCCAGGACAACAAGGAAGGACAAAAUACAAGGAAUAACGAUAGAGAAGAAAAAAAACACACAAAAUAGCAAAACGAUAUUGUGAAUUUAGUUUUUAUUUUAGAGUUUCGUCGUUGUAAAUAUUCGUCGGGUGGAAGUCAACAGGAUUUCGCGAGAUUAGCACGCGGUGAGAUAAAUUACUUAGAACUUAAGAUGCGCGGCAGUGCCAGAUUGAAAGAAAAGAAGACAAAAGGAAAAUGAAGAAGUGAAAUUAAGGCGCGCGGGAUGCAGGUUCUUCCCACGUGUUUGAUGGAGACAAAAAAAUACGAAAAGAAAUCGAAACAGAAAGACACGAAUCAGAACGGAGAACGAUCUGCGUAUUUCGGUCACACAUAUUUUAAGACUCUCCAAAUUCUUUUUUUUCCACGUGGGAGGAAUCCCACAUCUGUAUAAUUCCCUCCCUUCUCCCUCCUCCCUGAACGAAACGCGUAACGAGCCUUGUUUCGUUCCCGUUUUUGUGCUUCGAAUCCCGAGGCGCUUAUAAAUCGCUUAGUCGUGUGUUAAACAAGAAAAACAAAACCUGUACGAACUCUGUACCGUGUAUAUACCAUAUUAUUAUUAGUAUUCGAUCGUCAAAGCGUAGCUUUUCCCUAUUAAACUAAAAAUGUUUAAACGCGAUUGUAGAAUAAGAGAAAUAUAAAGAAAAUGUGUCGAGAGAA